GAUUGGAGGUUUGUGUUCCUGAAGCUUUGGGAGUUGUCACAGGCUAAAGAGAAGGGACCUCAGUUCCUAGGAAGGGUCACCCUCCUAGAGAUAGCUACUGCCCUAUCUCAGGAGACACUGGUAUUUGUAGAGCAGGCUUUGCUUUCGCCAAACCCAAGGAGGUGACAGGAGGAGUCCCCGUACAGGACCUAAGGAUGCUGUGACCAGAAGAUGGGAUCACGGAAUAGCAGCAGCGCAGGAACUGGGUCCGGAGACCCCUCCGAGGGCUUACCCGGAAGAGGUGCUGGUCUGGGUCGGAGUGAGGAAGACGUAGAGGAGGAUGAAGAUGUGGAUCUGGCCCAGGUACUGGCCUAUCUCCUCCGCAGAGGCCAAGUGAGGUUGGUGCAGGGAGGAGGUGCAGCAAAUUUACAGCUCAUCCAGGCCCUCUCAGACUCAGAGGAAGAGCAUGACAGUGCCUGGGAUGGUCGUCUUGGGGACCGAUACAACCCACCUGUGGAUGCAACCCCUGACACCCGGGAGCUGGAAUGCAAUGAGAUCAAGACACAAGUGGAACUGGCCACAGGGCAGCUGGGACUUAGGCGAGCAAGCCAGGAGCACAGCUUUCCUCAAAUGCUGCACCAGAGAGAACGGGGCCUCUGCCACCAUGGAAGCUUCUCCCUCGGAGAACAGUCUCGAGUGAUGUCUCACUUCUUGCCCAAUGAUCUGGGCUUCACUGAUACCUACUCUCAGAAGGCUUUCUGUGGCAUCUACAGCAAAGAUGGUCAAAUCUUCAUGUCUGCUUGCCAAGACCAGACAAUCCGACUGUAUGACUGCCGCUUUGGCCGCUUCCAUAAAUUCAAGAGCAUCAAGGCCCGGGAUGUAGGCUGGAGUGUCCUGGAUGUGGCCUUCACCCCUGAUGGGAACCACUUCUUAUACUCCAGCUGGUCUGAUUACAUUCAUAUCUGCAACAUCUAUGGGGAAGGAGACACACAUACUGCCUUGGAUCUAAGGCCAGAUGAGCGUCGCUUUGCUGUCUUCUCCAUUGCUGUCUCCUCAGAUGGACGAGAAGUGCUAGGAGGGGCCAAUGAUGGCUGCCUGUAUGUCUUUGAUAGGGAACAAAACCGACGUACCCUUCAGAUUGAGUCCCAUGAGGAUGAUGUGAAUGCAGUGGCCUUUGCUGACAUAAGUUCCCAAAUCCUAUUCUCUGGGGGUGACGAUGCCAUCUGCAAAGUGUGGGAUCGACGCACCAUGCGGGAGGAUGACCCCAAGCCUGUGGGUGCACUGGCUGGACACCAGGAUGGCAUCACCUUCAUUGACAGCAAGGUGGGCAGGAAGGCAGGACUGCACAGUCAGGCAGCUAAGCACUGGUCUUUGCUAAAGACUGGUCAUACAGGAGAAUCUAGACUCCCUAACCUAGGGCUCUCCCUGCACUCUUGGCCAGCCUGGCGGAAGCUGAAGCUGCCAGGGGACAGCUCCUUGAUGACCUACCGGGGCCAUGGGGUGCUGCACACCCUCAUCCGCUGCCGAUUCUCACCUACCCAUAGCACCGGCCAGCAGUUCAUCUACAGUGGCUGCUCUACUGGCAAGGUGGUUGUGUACGACCUUCUCAGUGGUCACAUUGUGAAGAAGCUCACCAACCACAAGGCCUGUGUGCGUGAUGUCAGUUGGCACCCCUUUGAAGAGAAGAUUGUUAGCAGUUCGUGGGAUGGGAACCUGCGUCUUUGGCAGUACCGCCAGGCUGAGUACUUCCAGGAUGACAUGCCGAAGUCUAAGGAAUACCACAGCAUCCCUGCCCCGGUGCCCAACCCCUCUACAACCUUUUCCUCACCCCAAUAGACCUGCCCUCCAGCCCCAUACAUGGUGAGCCUCUUGACAAGCCAUCCGCUGCCUCCCUUUCUCCCUCCUGGGGGGAUCUUUGGGGAAUACUGGCAUUGGAUGGGGAGAAGCCAAAGCCCAGGCUUCAGACCCCUGGCUGAGCCCUGGCAGAGCCUCCCCAGGGACAGAGUGGUCUCACGUGCUCAUACCCUAUUGGCUUGGAUCUCUAUCUCUGGCCAGAGCCUGGCAGGAUUGUCUUUGUCUGGAGUGUGACUUUUGUCAGCAGGAGAGCUCCCCUGAGUGUUUUUAAUCAUAUUUGGAUGUUAAGUGUUAGCUCCUAGAGUAGCUGCCUGGGGCCAGGUCUGAACUGAGUUGUCAGACCCAUUGCCCAGGCCUUCACUUUGAGGAUUAGACAGACUGGUCAUUCAAAGGGCCAGGCAUCAGUGUCCUGGCUUUUCUUGCAGAGGUCCUGAUGGUUGGAGCCCUACCCCUCUAGGGGAGGAUGGGAUGGUUAAGGUGUGUCCUCAGCAGCUCCUGGGGAGGGAAUUAUGUCUUCUCUCUCCUAUGUCUGGGUCUUUGGGGUAGGACAGGCUGUGGUGUGAAAGACUCCAUGUGACCUCACACAGAGCAGGUGCUCCCCUCCCAGAGUUCCCUCAUGCUGGAGACCACCAGCCUCAAGGAGAGAUGUUGGAGCAGGACUCCGUCCUUCCACUCCCUUAAUAAAUUCUCUGUGGGAACCUG